AUGUCUGUGAGACGACGAAUUUUCGAAAACAUCUAGAAUUUGGAAUGAAGGAUAAAUCGUUGUAUUCGCGUUUCUGAAACAUACAGAAUUGCAUUCAAUUUUCAAUUGUUACUUCGACUGAUCAGAAUUUGUGGUUUUCUUGAGAAAUGUUUGGUCUUAUUGUAUCGGGGCGUUUGGUCCAGACCAACUUUCAACAAAUUACAGACUCACAAUUUGUUAUUACUAUUCCUGAUGCCGAUAAUAUCAACCAUUUGGUAGUAUUUUUGACUGGCGCAUCACCAUUCCCAGAGGGAUUUGGUGGAUCAGUGUACUUCAGGUGGCCCGAGCCAGAUCUAUCAGCCCCACCAGUGUGGCAACUACUAGGUAACCUCACCAAUAACAAACCGUCAAGCAUUUACAAAAUCACUGGCUUGAAGAAGAAUCCGGGAAGUUAUAGCCCUAGUAUGUUUGGGGUGCACCAGGGGGAAAUACAUCAUCAUGCUCAAAUAGGGAUUUCAAUUGAGCCUCUUAGCCUCAUUUCCAAUCAAUCUCCUAGUGCCAUUACAGAGCCUAGUAGCACCACAACAUUCCAGGAGUUUGCUGAACGUACUCUUCAAAAUCUUUUCAAUUAUGCAGCAAGUUUUGCUGUUACUCAAUCACAAAUGACACCAAAUCCAUCAGAAAGUUUCAUCCCAAUGUCUGUUUUAAGAAACUGGUACACUAACUUUAUUAGAAAACUAGAAUUGAAUCCUCAGUUUUGGAGAAGUUGAAAGAAUUCUUAUUAAAUUCUUAUCAACUUCAAGUAACCUCAACUUUUCAUUGUUGAAUACAUGCUAAUUGAUUUAAGUAAUAAACAAGGCUUGUUAAAAGUU